AUGCCGAUCCGUCCUCUUGAUGAAUGGGCCGUUGGCCGUACCCAGUCCCUACCCCUCUCCGCAUUGAAGGGCGCCGUUGUCGGCAUCGAUGCAUCGCACUACAUCAACCAACACCUGGUGAAUCAGUCAACCCGAGAGGCGCUUCUAGGCGCACUAGGCGGAUUCCCGUUCGCCUUGCGGGCCAACAUCGAAAAGGAGCUGCAGGUUUUCAAGAGCCUCGGAGUUGCGUGCAUCUUCGUCUUUAAUGGUUUGGAAUUCGGCAAGAAAGAACAGCGCGCCCAACCGCCCGCAGCGUCGCGCUCCUUCGAACAAGCGUGGGACCUUUACGAUCAGCAGCAGGCCGACCAGGUAGUUGAUGCCUUCAGCAGUGCUGGUAUGCUCUCCUAUUACCCUUCUUUUCACCCAUCCCUGGUGACGGACCCGUCGGGCUUUCAAUACCUCUAUUGGACCCAAGGAUAUAAAGCUCCCGCUGACACUACGGAACCCUCAGGCACCCCGCCCCCGGAGACCCUUUUCAAGUUCCUGCAGCGGAUCUUGACCCAGAAUGGAAUCGAGUUCAUGGUAGCGCCAUACAGCGCCGUGGCCCAGCUUUCUUACCUUGCCCGUGGUACCAAUCCUGUCGUCGAUGCUGUUUUUGCCCCCUCCGAAGCUCUCUUGUUUGACUUGGACAAGCUGGUCACCCGUAUCGACACCGAACCCGCGCAAUUUUUCUGGAUCACGAGACAAACCUGCCAGGAGGAGUUGGGACGCCUUACAAAUGAACAAUUCGUCGACUUCUGCUUGCUACUGGGCUCUCCAUUCCUGCGCCCUUUCCCACUCUUUGAGAACCCUGCUUACCCCAUCAAAGGCCCCACCAUUCGUGAUGCGCUGCCGAUGUUCAAUAUAGCUGGGCGCAAUGCCCUGGCGUUGUGCGCCCAAUUCGAGGAGGAUCGCCGUAUGCAGGAGCUUCAGUACACAGACCUGUACAAGCGUGCGUUUAUGAUCGUGAAGCACCAUGUCUAUAUUGACGUGGAUGGUCGCGUCGGUCCCAUGGAUUCAGAGAACACCUCAUCAGACAUGCAUGAGCUGAUCGGACAGCGUCUACCGGAGGAGCUGUACUUCUAUAUCUCUAAGGGUAUCAUCGGCGCCGAUGUACCCAACUUCCUUACAACGGGCGAGGUUCGUAUAUCGCUACCGCUGGGCACCGAAGACACCGAGAUUUACCGCCAGCUCGUGGGUGAUAUCUUGACGCCUAUCCGUACUCAGUCGAUCUGCCUGUUAGCAAACUCCCUUCAUCGGUUCUACCAAACCAAGGUGAUUCAGAUUCGCCCGUGGUUCGAGGAGACAUCGGAUCGGCCGAUCAACCUCAAGGGUAUCCCGUCAGUUAAGGAAACUAUCCAGCGUUGGAGGAUCCACGGAGGAGAACUGCCUGAGGGUAUCAAGAAACUUCAAACGCCUCGCGGGUCUUUCAAGUUUGCCGUUCAGAGCUUAAGCGAUCCUGAAUUUGCGUCCAAGUCGUUUGCUAAUAAAGAGACACCUGUUCUUUCGUCACAAGAGGAUAUCUUAUCUAAUGUUAUGUGGCGAUUCCUGCAACUGCGUGGAUACGUUGACGACAAGCACAAGCUCACUUCAUGGGGCCAGUGCUUGGUGCAGGCAUUGUCAGCCGUCGAUCCUGUAGAAAACCUCGAGGAGUCGGUUUUCAUUGCCAUAGAGAUGGUUCGCCUGGGUCUCCUCAACACCAAGCCCUGGUUCUCACAUGUUUCUGGCGGCCCCAUGAGAGGAUCGGAGGAUGACAAGGCCUUUAAUAUGCUCAUCUCGCGCCUUGCAUGUGUCGGCAAGCUGCAGCACAAGAGCAUUGGAUAUUCCGGCCCUCUGAGCCGUCAACUUCUUUGCUACCGCUCCUUGAUCUCUGAGGUGCGCUCUGCACUGAGGAAUCUGAUCGAAGUGGUCCUGGCUGGUCUACUGCUCAGUGGAGAUGCUGAUCGGAACCGUAACGACUGGACUGAAAUGGCUAUCAAGCUUCCGUUUAUUGACGACAACGAUUGUGGACUUGGAAUUGCGGUACGGACUUAUCUCGACGACCUUCCCUUGCAGGCAAACCCGACGUCCCCCGAGGCUCGUUCGGAUGUGAAGGCGAAGGGCAAGGAAUGGUUCCAGCACAGCGAGAGCUUCACUGGAAAUUUGGAUUUGGCAUUCAAGCUGUGGGAUGCGGUCUACGCAGGUACGCAGGGUGCGGGCAAGGAGUUUAAGGAAGCGAAGUUCUGGGAUGAUGCAAACAAAUGGCUGGCAGAGAGACGAUGA